UUUCUGUUGUUCUGUAGUUUGGACACCACGUGUGGGAAGCAAAGAGUUUUCCUGAUUUGUUCAGCUGGCUGCCCUCACUAUGCUGGCUGCAUCUGGGAACCGUAUCCGUCACCAGUUUGGACGGUUCCUGGCAGAAGGGCAGCUCGGUGCUCCAGUGCAGCAGCCUCUACGGCCUGGUAUUCUGGGCUCUAUAGCACUGUCCUUCACUGAUCAGAACAGAAGCCCAGAAACACUUAACUCAGCAGCAAAGAUUUACAAAGUUCCUGGUGGCUGCAAACCCUCUGCAUUUGACAAGAAAAUCCUCCUGUGGACUAGGCGUUUCAAGACAGAAGAUGAAAUUCCCCCAAGAAUCCCGCUGGUGAUGCUGGAUGCUGCCAGGAAUAAAGCUCGAAUAAAGGUCUGUUACAUAAUGAUUGGCCUCACCAUUGUGGCCUGCUUUGCUGUUAUUGCCUCUGCUAAAAGAGCUGCUGAACGCCAUGAGACCCUCACCAGCUGGAACCUAGCAAAAAAAGCUAAGUGGCGUGAAGAAGCUGCUACAGCUGCUGAGUCCAAGGCUAAAUAGAAUUUGCAUGCUGUUGAAACAAGGAAAAUGGAAAAAAUUGAACAAAACAUCUACUAUUCAGGGAAAGUGUUGAAGAAAACAUAAAAUGU